AUGGAAGGUAACCAGACUGUCAUCACUCAUUUCAUCCUUCUGGGAUUCGGGGAGCUUCAUGAUAUGCAGAUGCUCCUAUAUAUACUGUUCUUAAUACUGUACAUUUUUACCAUGAUGGCCAAUUUCCUCACUGUUCUUCUAAUUCUGGUUGAUCAACAUUUGCAUACACCCAUGUAUUUCUUCCUAGGGAAUUUGUCCUGUUUGGAAAUGAUGUACAGCUCUACAAUCUUGCCUAAGAUGCUGGACAGUCUCUUAACAGGGGAAAAGUCCAUCUCCUUCAAAGGAUGUAUCAUACAGUUCUAUUUCUUUGCUUCCCUGGGUAGCACAGAAUGCUACCUCCUCUCUGUGAUGUCUUAUGAUAGAUUUUUAGCCAUAUGUAAACCUCUGCAUUAUGUAACAACAAUGAGAGUUGCCCGGUGCAUCCAGCUGGCUGCUGUCUCUUGGAUCAAUGGCACUGUGUUUACCUCUGUGUAUUUGGUCUUAAUGUUACAGCUUUGGUUCUGUGGCCCCAGUGAAAUUGAUCAUUUCUUUUGUGAAUCCUUGCCAUUAAUAAAGCUGUCUUGCAGUGAUACCACUCUUGCAAAAUAUGCCAUUGCAAUCCUGGCUUAUAUAUUCACAUUUCCUCCUUUUAUUUUGACCUUGAUGUCUUACAUAUUUAUCCUGAGGAACAUUUUGAGAAUUCCAUCUAGAACUGGGAGACAAAAGGCCUUUUCCACCUGUUCUUCUCACCUGAUUGUUGUCUCUUUUUUCUAUGGGGCAAUAACAAUUGUGUACUUAAUGCCAGAAACUGAACAAAAGAAAAAUUAUAGCAAAUUAUUUUCUCUGUUAUACACAGUCCUUCCCUCAUUACUCAACCCCUUAAUAUACACCUUGAGAAAUAAGGAUGUGAAAGAAGCCCUGAAGAAGCUGUUAGGUAGAUUUUUUGUUCUUCUUUAA